AUGACCGGUCGAGCAUGUCCAAUUUUUAUGAAUCUACAAGCUCGAAUUGUACGCGAUCUAGUUCAGUGGUGGAGAAAACGAGCGAGGUAUCAUUCCUUACAAUCACUUACGGAGCAAGACAUAUUGACAGAGAUGCGACCUCCGUCAUCUUCAAAUCAAUCCUCCGCUCUACUUGAGACACAAGGUGCCUCAACUUCUAUGUCUUCCAGCAAGCUUAUCUUGAUUCCGUCGUCUGAAGAAACGAAUUUCCGGUCCUCUGAUCUAUGGCGAUCCGAUCGACUUCGGUCCCAAAGUAUCACGAUGAUGGCUACUUUCGAUAGACCGGUGCAUGAAAAGACCUAUACUUGUCGAGGACUAUUCAAGGCAGUCUUGAAUGGCUGUCCCACCUUUCUAGGUCGUGUCGAUGCAAAAAUUCAAGACGAGGUAAUCCAAGAACUUACAGAGAUGCCAAAGACGAAAUGGUCCAAGGAGAUCAGUCUCAACCGUGAUACUUAUGAUAUCUGGCUCAACUAUCUGAAUUCGGAGUUGGAUCAACUGGUGGAUCAAUUCACCCAGCUGAACGCAAGGGAUUCGACACGAGAUUGCUUUGUAUCUCACCCCCGCCUGCAGGCCGCCUUGGUAUACUCAAAGAUAGAACGUACUGUGGUCGUUGACGUUCACAAUCUUAUGGGUCACGUCAUUGUGUUGCCCUAUGCACCCGGUCACCUCGGUAUUGCGCACAAGAAACUAGGUAUAGUAGGGCUGCGGAACAUAUGGAGUAUUCAUCUGACUACUAUUGGACAGAUUUCCAUUGAUGCAGACAGCACGUCAGAAUGGUGA